CAGUGUGACCACAACUUCCUGUUCGUUUCAUUUCAAUCGUCACCAAAGAAACUAUCGUAACGUCAGUGCAAAUAUGAAUUCACAGCAAUCGUCUGAAGAUAUCUGGGAACAAAAUAAAUCAACUAGCCUAAUUUCGACACCAGAAGGGAAUGAUCUAGAAAGAGCACAGUUGAAAAGAACUCCUUUAUCAAAGUUGAAGAAAGUAAACUCCAACUUCAAAUCACCGGGUCAAAUAAACAAGCCUUCUAAAGUGUGUCCUGAAGAAGAGGUGGCGGAGCUGGAGAGGAGGAGAAUGCAGCUGGAUGCUGAGAUUGCACAGCUGGAGUUCCAGGGAUACAAAGUGGAAGAGCUGGACUGUCAUAUUGAUAUGCUUCAUGAAUACAAUGACAUCAAGGACAUUGGUCAGUCUCUCCUGGGCAGAAUAGCUGCUCUACGCGGGACCACCACACGAGACCUCUACAGCCACUUUGGUCUGGAACUGGAGGACUGACAGUAAAAAUAACUCUUGAAAAUGUUUGAACGGUUACUUCUCUGCCAUGUUUAUUAUUUGAG